AUGGAUUCACCGGAUAUCUCUCAUAUGGACGAACGGUCUGACUCAAAGACUAGAUCCCAUAAAAAGACUCAUCUCUCACCUUUGAUUAAUGAACCGGAUCAAGACCAAUCUAAUCAUGCUAUACACACUGCUGAAGAGGGUGAAUCCCCGCAUAGGAAUACCAAGAAGCACAAUGGUCAUGGCUCUCAUGACAGAGAGCUGGAUGAUUCGGAUCAAGGGUUGGAUGGUAGAGAAGAGACAUCUACACCUUCAAAACGCAAGCGAAAUCAUCAAGACCAGUCGACACAUGAGUGCAGCAGAUCAUCACCCGAGCCCAACGGAGUGGUUGAAACUGGAAAUAUGAGUCCUAACAAGCAAGAGCACAAGUGUUCUACUCUUAAACUAAUCCCAAAGGAACAGCUUAGUCAGGAACAGAUUGAUCGGAUUGUGAAUGCUCGAACAUUUGCUGACCAGUAUACAGCUCAGCUCUUUGGCAUCAGCGUUGUGCGUCCAGUAACUUCUCAUCCAACUUCAAUACCUACAUUUGGAGUCGAUCCAAAGAUUUUGUCGGGCGUGAGUCGGAUCUACAUUGGAUCUAUCCCAUUUGAUAUGCUUGAAGAAAACGUUCGAGUUGCUUUUUUGCCUUUUGGAUGUAUCAAGUCAAUCAGUAUGACUUUGGAUCCAGCCACAAACAGACAUAAAGGAUUCUGUUUUCUUGAAUAUGAUGUACCUGAUAGUGCACACUAUGCGAUCGAACGUAUGAACGGACUUGAUAUGGGUGGAAGAGCUCUACGAGUUGGUAGACCUAGUAACUUUUCCAACUUUGAUGUUUCAACCCUUCCACAGCCCAUGCCACUCAACACACGAUUGUUCAUCUCGAAUGUUAGCGAGAUUGUAUCCGAGGAUGAUAUUACUGCAUUAUUUGAAACUUUUGGCAAGAUUUUAUCUUGCUCACUUAUUGUACCCCAAUGUUUUGACUCGUCGACACAAGACAUAUGGAUGUUGGUCCACAAAACUGACAUAUCGUCUCAUUUUCACUUGCUCCUCUAUUUGUAUAUCCAAUAUGAAUCGAGCGAUAGUUUAGCUAUAGCCAUUACCACGAUGAAUAAUUUUGAGUUGGGUGGAAAGCAAUUGGUUGUUGGAAAAGGUAUAUUUGGGACGGAUAUGCCUGUUGGUAUGAAGUCUUUACCUGGUUUAGGUGGCAGUGGGGCUGCUAGUCCUGCGACGAAUGCUUUUGGGAUGAGUGAUACUGCUACAGGUGCAAAUGGGACUGGAUUGAUUAGUGCGGAAAUGCUUGCACAGCUUCGUUACACCAUGUCGACCUCGGGAGGGGCUGGGACCAACAUAAGAGGCCUUCACGGCGACGAUCUUGCAUUAUUGGAGGAACCCCAAUCCAUUACGGCAAGUCAACGGUACAUGAUUAUGCAAAAGUUACAGCGGCCCGAUGAAGAUGGAGCGGCAGCACCUUCAACGGUUCUUUUGCUCUGCAACAUGAUUACAUUUGGGGAAAUAGACGAGUUUUUGCAAGAUGAGAUCAAGCAGGAGUGUGAAAAAUAUGGAUUGGUAAACCGAGUUGUGCUGUGGCAGGAUAAGAAUAGAACGUAUACUUCUGACGAUCUUGUCAUGGUGUAUGUUGAGUUUGGAUCCGUAGAUGUUGCAAUCAAGGCAAGGCUAGCGUUGGAUGGACGGUUUUUUGGUGGACGGAAAAUUCAAGCAACCUAUACCCAAAUUCCACAAGAUGCGUAG